AUGUGGUACUUCACUUUGUUCCUUUUCUGGGGGAGUUAUGGUCUGUGUGGAGUGUUGGCGGGACCCAGCCUGGAGUCAGCGUCGGGUCCGAACAGGUGUGUGGACACCACCAUGUGUCCUGCCUUUGCCGUCUGCAGGAACACCACCGACAGCUACCAUUGCACGUGCAAACAAGGCUUCCUGUCCAGCAAUGGGGCCACCCAUUUCCAGGACCCACAAGUGGAAUGCAGAGAUAUCAAUGAGUGUUCUCAAGAUCCCCUACUUUGCGGUCCUCAUGCGGUUUGCAAAAACCAACUUGGGAGAUAUAAAUGCAGCUGCUCCUCUGGUUUCUCUUCACCCACUGGAGAUUCCUGGGGCCCGGGAAAAUCAAAUCGCAUUAGCUGUACAGACAUUAAUGAAUGCCUCCAGAGUGGAAUUUGCCCAGAACAUUCUGAGUGUGUCAACUCCAUAGGAAGUUACCAUUGCAAAUGCCAAGCUGGAUUCACCUUGAACAACUCCAUUUGCGAAGAUAUGGAUGAAUGCGCCCAUUUCAAUCCUUGCCCAGACAAUGCAGUUUGUUACAACAGUUUUGGAAGCUACUCUUGUGUCUGCAGCACUGGAUUUGAGUUUGAGAGUGAAAACAUGAAUUUUCAGGGUUCAGGAGAGAUGUGUGAAGAUAUAGAUGAGUGUCUUUAUAUGUGCCCUUUCAAUGCCAGUUGUACCAACACUCCUGGAAGCUACUUUUGUACCUGCCACCCGGGCUUUGCAUCAAGCAACGGGCAGCUGAACUUCAGAGAACAAGAAGUGGAAUGUCGAGAUAUUGACGAGUGCUCCCAAGAUGCUUCUCCAUGUGGUUCCAACUCUGUCUGCACCAAUACCGAAGCUUCCUACACUUGUAGCUGCAGACCAGGCUUUCGACCCAAACUAGAAGGCUCCUGGGAAUAUGGCAACUUUAGCUGCAAAAGGGUUCCUUUCAAGUGUAGAGAAGACGUGAUGCCUGAAAAUGAGUGGGUGCAGUUAUGCCAAAUGGGAGUCGCAGUGGAAUCCAAAUACGGGAUUAAGGUUUCCUUGUGUGAACAGAUGAAUACCACCUUUGGCAUUAUGGACAAUGUCUGUGACAACAAAACCUCCACAAUUUCCCUGAAGGAAACAGCUGAGAACUUUGCUUCUGUGCUUGAACAAGCAUCCACCUGGUCCAACUUCACCAAAGAACAGACAUCCUCCCUGGCCACGGUCCUACUGGAGAGUGUCGAAAGCAUCACGUUGGCAUCUCUCCUGAAACCCUCAGUGAAUGCCAGCAGGACCAUUCAGACAGAGCACUUAGAUAUUGAGAGCAAAGUUAUCAAUGAAGAAUGCAUGGGAAGUGGUGGAGAACUUAACUUGAAAGCCAAAGGGAACAAGAUGAGGAUUGAGUGUUCCACAAUCGAAGAGUCUGAAUCCACAGGGACCAUGGGAAUAGCUUUCGUCUCCUUUGAAGGUAUGGAAUCUGUUUUAAAUGAGAGCUUCUUCCAAGACCCCAAGUCCAAGAGGAAGUUGAAGAUAAAUUCUCGUAUUGUUGGGGGCAUCAUGACUGGGGAGAGGAAAGAAGGCUUUUCUCGUCCGAUCAUCUACACUCUGGAGAACAUAGAGCCAAAGCAGAAGUUUGAGAGACCCAUCUGUGUUACCUGGAGCACAGACAAGGAGGGUGGAAGGUGGGAGUCCUCUGGCUGUGUAGUGCUUGAAGCAGCCAAGAGCCACACUGUCUGCAGCUGCAAUCAACUGGCAAACUUAGCCAUCAUCAUGGCAUCCGAGGAGCUCACGAUGGACUUCUCCUUGUACGUCAUUAGCCAGCUGGGCAUGACCAUCUCCCUGCUGUGUCUCGCCCUGGCCAUGGCCACCUUCCUGCUAUGCCGCAGCAUUCGCAGUCAGAACACCUCUCUCCACCUGCACCUCUGCGUGUGCCUCUUCUUGGCCAAGCUCCUGUUCCUCACUGCCGUAGACAAGACUGACCAUCAGACAGGCUGUGCCAUCAUCGCGGGCUUUCUGCAUUACUUUUUCCUCGCCUGCUUCUUCUGGAUGUUGGUGGAGACCGUGAUCCUUUUCCUUAUGGUCAGGAACCUGAGGAUAGUGAAUUACUUCAACUCUCGCAACAUCAAGAUGUGGCAUCUCUGUGCCUUUGGCUAUGGGCUCCCGGGGUUGGUGGUGUUGAUCUCGGCUAGUGUUUAUCCACAGGGCUAUGGGAUGCAUAAUCGCUGCUGGCUGAACACAGAGAAUGGCUUUAUCUGGAGUUUCCUAGGACCAGUUUGUACUAUCAUUACGAUCAAUUCCGUCCUCCUCACCAUGACCUUGAUUAUCCUGAGACAGAGUCUCUGCAGUGUGAACGCUGAAGUCUCAAAACUCAAAGACACCAGGCUAAUGACGUUCAAGGCCUUUGCCCAGCUUUUUAUCUUGGGGUGCUCCUGGGUGUUGGGUCUCUUCCAGAUUGGCCCCCUCGCUGCCGUCAUGGCUUACCUGUUCACCAUCAUCAACAGCCUGCAGGGGGCGCUCAUCUUCCUCAUUCACUGUCUGCUCAACCGUCAGGUGCGGGAAGAAUAUAGGAAAUGGAUCCUCCGGAAGACUAAACCCGACUCCCAGUCCCAGACCUCCGGGAUCCUGUUAUCCUCUAUCCCUUUCACUUCGAAAUCAAAUUAAAGUUGUUCUACUUACAAAUACUCUCUGGAGCUAUGGUAGAGGAACACAGGAAUCUCCUUGGAAAUCUCUUUACAGCUGCAGACAGAGGUGAAGGCUUCUCCCUUGUUGCAGAAUCUUCCAAGUCA